CUUUAGGAUUUCUAUUUUAGUUUUUGUUGCGAAUGUGUCCUAAUUAUUUAUCAGCUGUUAAAAAUAAAAUUUACCGUUACAUUACCAAAAAAUACAAUAGCGGUAUGAGAGGAGCGGAUACGUUGAUACCGUCCAGGUUUUUGUCUCUAAUCGGACACUUUUGUGUUAUGGUGUCGUUGUUAUGGGACAGCAAGAAGAAUGUUCUUCACUGUCUGCCGAGCCAAUAUCACGACAGUCACUACCAGAUAUAUCUCAGCCGAUAACCACAAACGAGCACGAGCACCUGACGGUCGGGAGCCCGCCGUCGGGAUGGUCGUUCUACCUGGUGCUGGCCGCCAUCGUCACCACGCUCGGCUCGUCGCUCCCCGUGGGGUACAAUAUAGGCGUCAUCAACACUCCCGCUGCAAAUAUCCAGAGAUUCUGCAACUCGAGCUUCUUGAGCCGCUACGGGGUCCAGCUAGAUGAGGCGUCCAUGAACAUUCUCUGGUCUUCCGUGGUGGCCAUCUUCAUCGUGGGAGGAUGCACGGGGUCCAUACUGGGCUCCGUGUUAGCUGAUAAACUGGGCAGGAAGAAAGCUACGAUCCUCACUAACUUACUGUCGAUAGCCGGCGCGGCGCUGUUCUGCACCUGUCGCGCCGCCAACUCUGUGGAAAUGUUGGUGCUUGGAAGACUGCUGGUGGGGUUGUCUGGAGGUUUGACCACGAGUAUAGUGCCCAUGUAUUUAACGGAGUUGUCGCCGGCGGGGCUCACGGGCACGAUGGGCGCGGCCUGCCCGGUGGGCGUGAACGUGGGCGUCCUGGUCGGACAGGUCAUGGGCCUUGACUUCUUGCUGGGUGGUGUCAACGACUGGCCCUACUUACUUUCCGCCUUCGUAGUUCUAGUUAUAAUAUGCCUUCCUAUAUUAUUUAUUUUACCUGAAAGUCCAAAGUACCUGUACGUAGUUAAGAAAAGAGAAAAUGAAGCUUUGAAUGAGCUGCACCGUCUCCGUGGUGUGUCACCAAGUGCGUUGGUGGAAGACGUGGAGUCGCUCAAGGAGGAGGGUCGCGCGGGUUCGGGCGGGUGGGGCAUGUGUCGCGCGCUGCGGUCGCCGCGCCUGCGCCUGCCGCUGAUGCUGGUGUGCGCGCUGCAGGCGGGGCAGCAGACCAGCGGCAUUAAUGCGGUGUUCUACUACUCUCAAACGAUAUUCGAGAACGCGGGCGCGACCGCACGGGUAGCUGCGUACGCGACGGUAGCGUGCGGCGCCGUCAACGUGUGUACGGCGUUGGGGCUGGCGCGCGUGCUACCCACCGCCGGCCGCCGCCCGUUGCUACUGGCCAGCACCGCCGCGGCUGCCGUGCUGCUGACCGCGCUGGCCGCGUCUAUAGCUGCCAUGAACUACGUGUGGUGGAUGUCGUACGUGUGUAUGUCGGCGGUGGUGGCGUACGUGUUCGUGUAUGGGCUCGGUCUCGGACCAAUACCAUACUUUAUUGCCUCGGAGAUAUUCGAGGUGGCACCGCGCGGAGCGGGCAUGGCGUGGGGCUCACUGGCCAACUGGGGUGGCAACUUCCUGGUGGGCAUGUGCUUCCCCUCCCUCCGCGCCGCCAUAGGGCCCGCCUGCUUCCUCAUCUUCGCCGGUACUACCGCCGCGCUCUUCUGUUUCGUCAAGCUGUACUUCCCCGAGACGCGCGGCAAGAGCCCCACCCAAGUGACGGAAUUGUGCGCGCGCGGCCUGGCCUCGCGACCGCUACUCGGCCUGCCUGUGGACCAGGCCUGAUGACUAUAGCUGGCCCUGGCCUGUCAGGCCUGGAUUUUGGUCCAGGUUUGAUGGACUUGAUGUGUGGAUAUGACUGAUAUAAUUUUCUUGAAACUUUAUUCGUACUUUUCAAAGCAAGUUAGGCAUUAUAAAAAAUUUCCUACAGUAUAAUUGUAAUAACGUGGCACAGAAUUUCACAUCAAUUUUUACAUUUUAUUUAAGAAGUUUUGUGCCUCAACUUACCCUCUAGAUUCUAGAAUCUAGAUACCCGAAAACGAUUUUGAAAUGCUUUAAAUCUGUGUAAAAUCCAAUGUAGCAUUUAAACCACAAAAACUUGCUACUCUGAGAAAUGUUUCUUUCGAAUAUAUUAUGUUUUCGUUUCUUUUUUGUAAGGUAUCUGUAUCCUUUUUUGGAAAUGUCUUUAAAGUAGUACUUACAUAAUUACUAUAGUUUUGGUACUCACUCUAGUGUCUUGUUAAAUUAAGUCAUAAAUUACAGUGCCUAAAUGCCAAGUUUUUAAGAGAGUUACUAUUUUAAAUGGUCAAAAGUAUGAAGACUUAUUACUCAGAAAAAUACUUAGCAUUUAACAUUUUUACACCAUUAAAUAAUAAAUUAAAUCAUCGGCAAUUUAUAUUAUAGGCAACAGUUUACUCUACCAUUAGGUAAUUCGUAAGAGUUUGGUGCUUCCAUGAUUUUUUUAAAUUCCAUUCAGCUAGUUUAGAUUAAAAUUUAGUCUCCUUACCUAAUUAGUAGUAUUUUAGAAAGCUAGAUACUCCUCUUUACUAGAUAUUAGAAUGCGCACGAAUAUGAAUUAACUUGCUAUUCUUAUGUCCAAUUGCACCAACGUCAUAUUGUCAUGUCUUCUCUUUCAUUUAUAUGAAAAACGAAACAGGUAACGUUAUACUUUUCGAGCAUAAACUUUAACAGUCGUUGAUGAAAUUGGACUUUAAUAUCUGUUAUUAAUAAAAAUAUUUACAUUUAAGUUUAUCUAUGUCUGUGUCUGAUACGUUGGGAAAAAACG